UCACAAAAUGUUUCAUUAAUUUCUUUCACCAUCUCAAUCAAAACGCUAAAAAAUGGCCAAAACUCUUAAUAUUCUCAUAUCCACCGUACUCAUUCUCUUAUUCAUUUCCCCAUCACAAUCUCAUAGUUUCUCAAAAAGAUUAUCUCCCAAUGCAAUAGGCCUCAAAAAAGAGAAACUAACCCACCUCCAUUUCUACUUCCAUGACAUUGUCUCAGGCAAAAACAUCACCGCAAUCCCUAUCACUAAACCCGCCACGAACUCUUCCACGCUAUUUGGAACUAUAUUCAUGGCCGAUGAGCCUUUGACUGCGAAGCCCGACAUAAACUCGAAGCUUAUCGGAAAGGCUCAAGGGAUGUAUGCAUCGGCGUCGCAUACCGAAAUUGGGUUGCUAAUGGUUUUUAACUUCGUGUUCACGGAAGGAAAGUUCAACGGUAGCACAUUAAGUCUAUUAGGGCAUAAUGCGGUGCUUUCCGGCGUCCGAGAAAUGCCUAUUCUUGGUGGAAGCAGAGUUUUCAGAUUUGCUCGUGGGUAUGCUCAGGCCAAAACACAUACCUUUGACCCCAAAACUAAUAAUGCCAUUGUGGAGUAUAAUGUUUAUGUUUUUCAUUAUUGAUAAUUCAUGAAUGAUUAUUAAUUUGUUUAAUUAAUAAUUGAUUUUUUUUUGCGUGUUUCUUUCUA